AUGGCAGAGCAGAGCAGCCGCGAUGUGGUAGAUCAGACCCUGUCGGGCGGCGAGCCUUCGCCUUCCGACGUUCCUGCGAGCACCAACGACAAUCAAUCUGCUGGAGGGGACCUGGGGGUGACCAAACAUAUCGCAACAACAACAUCUACGCAAAACAACCAACAAUCGAGUGAUCUGGCGCGCGCCGACGAGACGGCGAAUACGGGCGCUCCGUCGGUGGAAGGGACUAGAGGUGACAAGGAUGUCGGGGUAUCUGCGAUGGAUUCUCCAAAGAGCGGUACUGGGCUAGUCGCGACCCGCGCCCUUGAACUGAACGGACUGGCGUCAGGAUCCGAUGCCGGGGACGAUACAGCAUCACAGGGUGGUUCGGAAUCGGAUGCGAGUCGAACGGAUGGCCUGCAUAAUGCGCGCAGUGGCUCCGUGAAGCGACCAGCGACCUUCAAGCCGGUGUCGUUUGCCAAAUUCUCAGUGCCAAAAGCGCCAGGGGCAUCCGCACCGCCGAAGGCACCCGAGAAAGCGGCUUCAUCAACUUCCACUACACCCCUCGGUACGCCGCAGCCAAGUUUGCGGCCACGUUUGGUUGCAAAGACUACGACGGGCAUGCGCGAUGCGUUUUCAAAAACCAGCACAGGGGCAGCUAAAUCUGGUGGACCCGGUGAUACGAAUCAAGUUUGGAACAAGAAUCAACCUGUCCAACCAGCACCGUCCAAACAUUUGACCGAUGAGGAGUUGAAACAACAAUACGGAAUCCACAUGACUUCUCGAAUCCAGGAAGACGGUGGUGGUGGGUCCGAGGCUAAGUGGGCAGACAUUGACGAUGAUGAAGAUGACUGGGCUCCGGAGACCAUUGAAUGGACCGAUGGAACGAAGGUCACACUCACGCACACCGACCAUGUGCCGCCGUCCGGUCACGAAGACUACGCGAGUCAGGAGUUACCGCAGCCGCCUCCUCCAGAGCCUAUUCCAGUCAGAGAGCCUCUCAGGGCUCCGAAGCCAACGACAUCCAUGGGACCGAAUCCCACCGUACUCAGACUUGGGGCGAACGCCGAACGGCAAGCAAAGAUUGCAGGUGCAUCCAAGGGAGCGGGUGACAGGGAUCCGUCCGGGUCUACGAGUCCAGCUCCGCCAACGAAGUCCCCGUGGGCGCCCUUGCCUCGAGUUGAAAGAGCCUCUCCAGUUAUGUCAUCCGCUCAGAUGGCCCAUCACCCACGUGUUCCUGUUCACCAGAUGCAGAGAGAUGAGGGCUACCAAGCUCCCCUACCACCUCAAGAAAUUGCUGCUGAUGACUUCAAUCGGACAUGGAGGGAGACCCAGCCAGGCGCGCCACGUGAGCUUUACAACUCUCGUUCGGGUCGCUACGAGCCUGUCUCUGAUACGCGACGAGGAUCUUACCGUCACGAUCAACACCCGCGUGCGCCGGCUGUCUUGCAACGGCCAGCCCAUGCUGAGAGUGGGCCAGCGGAACCAUCUGCAGCUUUCCAAACUCACAGAUCAAGCAAUCAAGACGGUAUGGGCUGGAGCCGACGCCGAGCAUCUUCAAAUGUGAGCGGAGGAAGUGGUGGUUUUGGUCGCCGAAUGUCGAUCGGCCGGCCUGAUGCUGCUGCUCCAAGAUACAUAGAAAACCGGAGAGGGUCGCAGGUGAAUGGCAUGGUUGAUCCAGCUCUCAUGGGUCGUGAGCCACCUCACGCCAGAGAAGGUCCCUUCCGUGACAUGUCCCCAUCUCGACAGCAGGCCCGGCCGCCCGCGCCUGACGCAGCACCUACAGAGACACAACCGGCGGCAGCCCCAGAAGUACCUCAAGAAGACCCAGUCGCUGUGCAGGAGCGUAUAAUGAAAGAAAAGCGCAUGGAGGCCCGGCAACGCAGAAUUGAACAGGAGCAGAAAGAAGAGGCUGCUAAGCAGGAACGGAUUCGGCAGAGGCUUGCAGCCCUGGGCCCAGCGCCGGAGAAAGCGAAGCGCAAAGAGUCCACGGAAGGGCGCAAGCCCGAAGCUCAGCCGACUGCACCACCCUCAACCAUCGUCAACUCUCCCCCCAAACCUCCUGUACCGGAACCGACUGGUGAGCCAAAGCAGUAUGGGAUGAUGAAGGUUCACCAUCCGGACACUGUGAAGAAGCUUGUUGCUGCAAAUGAGAGGGACAGGGCUACAGAGAAAGCCACCAUGCCUGCCUCGCGACGUGUCUCUUCUCCUCAUCAACACAAGCGUGAACUUGCCUCAGCAGCGAAUGGACCCAAACAGCAGCAGGCUGAAGCUCAAUCACAAGUCGAAGGCAAGCCAGAUGAUGCACAAGUUGAUGAGCAUGGAGCUCAGUGGCGUGAAAACCUGAACGUUACCAGUCCUUAUGCUCCCUGGGCGACCAACCCUAAUCUUGCCACGACAUCACCCUCUGUCAAGAAUCCGUGGAAGCCGCUGAGCAGUGACAAGACCCUGGGUAACGGCAUCUUCGAACAGGGUCUUGGCGGGUUCCCCUCGCGAGACAUGCCCCUUCGAAGCCAGCUUGGUUUGGAUCAACCGGCUAUGGCUGCGCCCUCACAGGCCGCCUUUCCGGGUUCUUCCCGGUCUCCGAAAGAGCCAUCGGCGAUAUCACCUCUGCCAUCCCCAGAAGUCAGACAUGCAUCGUAUGAUCCUUUAAGCCCCAUUGGCCGCCCAGGCCCCAUUGGACCGCCAAGCUCGCAGGCCCCUCAAUGGCAACAACAGCAACCUCAGGGUGGGCUUACCGCGUGGAAUAAUUUCCAUAACGUCGCGGCGCAACGUGAAGCAGAGCAAUCUGAAAAGUUCCGGCAAGAGUUUAUUACGAGCCGCGAUCGAUCGCUCCCUGCUGUGACUUUUAAGGAAACUUGGAAACAGAUUCGGCCUGGCGAAGAAGCUGGCGGAAGGCGUAUUGUCAACGUUUCUCGAAAUGUCGUGGCCGGUAACAACUCGCCCUCCAAUCCGUUAACUGGUCUUGAUGCUCCUGCGGCGGAUGGUCUCCCAUUUUCGGAUAGCCAUGCCCGCCCUCUAGUCAAUGUCCCAGCACGCAGCUCACGCUUCUUUCCCAAUGCUACUGAGCAGUCGAAGAGACCAGCAAUGGAGAAGACAGAUUACCAGCGGAGCCCUUCGCCGCCACCACCGGAAGAAUUGUCAAGCCAUCCGGUGUACUUUGGCGAUCCCGGCCGGCCUCUGGUCCACUUUCCCACACCCAAGGCUGUAGUCAAACUGCCACCAAAAGCUUUGGCUGGACCGGCCCCUCCUCCCUCGUUUGCGUCUAUGGCUGCAGCGGCUCCUCGGGCCCAGCCUUCGACGAUGUCUUGGCAGGAGAAGAUCAACGGGCUCUUCGCCAAGAAGGCACCGCCUGAGAAGAAAAGCGUGUUGGCUGUAAGCUCUGCAUCAAAGGAGCCUCUGGAUGUCCAGCUCCCCGUCGCGGCGGUCUCUGUCUCACUUCCCCACAUUGCCGAACAUGGUGCGCAGAUUGGGGAUGGUGACAUUUCCGUCACGCAGAUGGAAGAGCAAGACGAGAUCUUUGAGGAUCGUGAACCAGGCUCUCUGCCUGCAGUUCGCGUGCCCAAUAUGGCUCCCCCAGCUGCCUGGGUUGCUGCCCCGUCACCGUCGGUUGCUCGAUUGCGUGCGAAGAAUCUGAAGCCCAUGCAGGUGCAUAGCAUUGAGCCGUUCCUGGUAGGAUUGCAUGACAAAGAUCAGUCAGGUAAUCCCUGCGUCUCGAUCCGUUUCCCAGGGGCCAUUGCUGCAAAGACCUUUGCUCUUCCCAAGAAAGGUGGCAGCCACCAGGGUUCACGGCACCGCAGCUCGACGAACCUCAAGACUCGCAAGAAUACUAAGCCUCGUGAGGCAGAGCAGUACCGCACCCUCUUCCUCGCCGCGGCAUCAAUCCCGCAAUGCGUCGUGGGGACCUCGCACGCUUAG